GCAUAUUUCAAUUAUAUUCCUGCAGUCUUCGUAGGUCGUCGCCCAGCAGAAUGCGAAUCAAUAGAAAAAGAGGAACAGUUUGAUACAAGGGCUACGAAAGAUCCAGAGGGAUUUGGAUUUUCUAGGACAUCAAACCAUAUUAAAACUGAACCGCAUCAAUCAAUGGAACUAUGAAUAUUGAAUAACCUUUAUUACUGGUAUAUUCUAUACUAAUAUCUUUACAAAACGAGUCAGCUGUCUACGGCCACACCUAGGCGAAAACACCAGUUCCCGUCCGAUCACUGCAGUUAAGCGUCUGAGGGUCUCGUUAGUACUAUGGUUGGAGACAACAUGGGAAUCCGGGAUGCUGUAGGCUUUUUACCGCUUCAUUUUUAUUUUGUUUUAAAUUUUAUGUUUAAUUUUAUUUUUAUUUUGUAUGGACGGCACAAGUUUUUUGUUUUGAUCGGAAUGGUCCUUUGACUUAACUGGUACUGACAGAAGCAACAAGCCGCAUAUUACAAUGGUCAUCUUUGAUUCAGAAUCGAGUCGUUUUUUCAUCACAAUAAAGUACACAAACAAAUGACCAACCAAGAAGAAACUAUGCAGGCGCACUUGACCAUACUAGCAAGUGAUGAUAAUGAUGGCCUUACUUAUGAUAUCGACAAGAUGAAGCGCAACAGAAAAAAGCGGUCACCAUCCAAGACAUAGUUUGGCCCUAUGCUCAAUAAAAAGUAAAUAAAACAUAAACACAUGCAUGCUGGAAAGUUCAUCGAUCGUCCGGACAUCCUCCUGUACAACUAUUUUACAUAUAAAUCAGGUUGUUACUUUCCGACAGCAUUCUAAAUCCUCAAGCUGUAGCAAUUAUAACUGCUACUACAGUUGUUUCUGAAAGACUAGUCCGGUUUGGCUAAUAAAUAGGUACAAAACACACAGCCCUGACUGUUCUUUGUAACGCUGGUUCUAUGUUUACAUUUUGUAAUAAACGAUGCUUUAGUAUUAUAAUAUUCCAAUUAUGACAAUGAGGACGAAUGUCAAAUAAUCGUAACGAGGAUGUGACCAGUCGGUGACAUAAUGUCGCAGCUUUUAUGAAACGAGACAUGCGAAAAGCCACUACCAAGAUUUUAUGAAACUCGUAUCUUUGGUUUUAAAGAGAGUUGUUCCGUAAGAGUUGUUUGCUUUUUGAAGCAAGAACCAAUUCCUAUUUUUGAAGACUCUGCACCAAUUGGAACCAACUCUUAAGAACUUUUCUUGGUGAUUCUAGUCGAUUUCUUUUUCAACUCUAAAUAUUGCCGUUCUUUUUUGGUUUUUGGCUUGUCAUUGCAAAAAUGAAGAAUAAAUACACUCCUGUUUCAGACUCUGAAGAGUCCUUAAAAACACUCACUGAUGAAAAGGCAGACACCCAUUCUGCAGAUGGUACGCCUCCUCCGUAUUCAGCUUCAAACAAAUUUAUCGAUUUAGAAAUGGCUGACGGAUCUGCUCAAAAUUCCGCCCAAGAAUCUGCUAAUAAUACUAUGUCAGGCCCUUCUGAAAAGAACAAGUUUCAAUGUCAUUUUUGGAGAGGAAUAGCGACUACUCAACUUCUUUUAUAUCAUUUUGUUUUUUUAAUCAUAGUCUUCGGUUACAAGGUUCCUCUGAAUACAGGUGCUAUAUAUGGGCUUGCUGGCGGUUCUAUAGGAUCCAUUAUUAUUUUCGUAAUUGUGACCCUUAUAACCUAUCCUGGAUGGUUCACACAAGCUGGAAUAGCAAUCAAAAACGUAUUGUCAGCUAUGUGUAUCUCAGCAUUAUAUGUAUGUUUUCUCAAUGUCCCCGGUUUCGCCAUGUAUUAUACUGCAAAGAAGAUAAUGCAAUUUGAAAAGAUAAAUAAUCGUUUUUUCUACGUUGUUUGUUUUGUUGAUUUUGUCUUGUUUCUUUUUAUUUCGAUGAAUCCAAUUGCCCGUGAACGACUUAGAUUAUUAGUAAUUAAUAUAGGAAACGACAUAGGAAACGGCGCAAAUGCCAUAGGAAACGGCAUAGGAAACGGCAUAAGAAAUGUUAUGAAUCUUGCUUUUGGAACAAAUCAAGGAGAUGAAGUACCUCAAAACGAAGAAAUCGAACUUCAACCUCUUGCUGAGCAAAGUGGUGAAGUUUGAAUUUUAACGAACCUGGUUUAUGUUUUUAUAAUUCGCAUUUUCUUUGGAAGGAUUCAUGUCAAUAUUGCAGUCCAUCGACUUUGCAUUCGCAUCAACAACCAAAGUAAGCACUGUCUUAAUAAGACGGUUUAAGUUGCUUUUCUCAUUCACUCUUUCAUGAAUCUUUUUAUUCGUCACGCAAUAUCGUUGUUUAUGCUUUGUGAAUAGAAUCGAACACCCUUUUAAUGAUUAU